CGUAAGCACUCUGGCCCUCGUGAACGAAUAAAAAAGUAUAAAACAAAUAUCGUUUCAUUUGUUAACCCAUUUGUCAACUGUUAUUUGUUAACUGGCGCCCAACAAAGGAUUUGAACCUAUCCUAUUCCUUGAUUAAUUUUUUCACGGCAAAGUUAUAGCCGGUAUAAGAGAGAGUGUAUAGUACAUGUAAUAAUCGCGUCGCGUUGCACGGUGUUAUAGCAGUGAUAAGUGGCAUUCUGGCGAGCAAUUAGAGACAGUUAAGUGUUAGUUAUAGUUACCUGUGAAAAUACGUCGAUGUUAAUCCUUUCAUAAUAAUACUAUUCUAAAUCUGCUUCAUCAGCAUAUCUCUACGUGUGAGUCAGGAAACCAAGCAUUAAGAAAUUGCAAAGAAGCCUUAAGUUUAUCUAUCUGGCAGAAGUAGCCCUUCGACCACUGUUUAAUGCAGAUUUUCAGUAACGCCACAGCCACGUGCAACACCACGACAGCCCACCACAUUUCACCAAUUGUACAAAUCGACGAGAAUACAAUACUCAUCAACGACAACAAUGCAAGGAUCAUCGAGAACGGUAGCGAGAUGGCUACUAACGGAACUUUCCUCCUUAUUCACUCGAAUGACGUACACAUAAAUGGCACGCUAUAUCCAGUAACAUCCAGGAAGCCGAGAAUGGAACCACAGACACCGAGCGUUUUCAACCUAAAGAAUUUACAAAAGAUCGAUCAAAUGACAGACCAGUUUGAAGCGAAAAAAAAAAAAAAAACAAGUAACUGGUUUGCAGCUGCUAUUUUCGGAUUCACAAUGUUGACAAUGACGGGAUCAGUGUGCUACUGCAGGUACAAGCGCCGCGAGAAUCAUGAGGUCAUCAUACCCCCAGUCCAAUUCAACAACGACGAGAGAAUGCAGCUCAUCCUGAAAACCAUCAAUAGCAACUUACAACAGAUUCGGGACGAAUCUGCUUAAGAGGGGGAGUAGUCAUAGUCGACGAAGCAGAUGCCAACCAUCUGCAAUUCAAUAGAUAACAAUGUCUGUAGUCCUUCCUGGAAUAACAUCCCAUUAGAUAAAUAAAUCCCCGACCUUCCUGGAAUAAUAUCCCAUUAGAUAAAUAAUUCCCCGACCUUCCAGGAACAUUAUCACCAUGGGUAAUAAAAGUCUGAACC